AUGGUGAUGGCUGCUUCGCCCACCCCUAUGGAGCAUAUGUGCUCUCCCUCCAACAACAACGGCAAGUGCGAGGGUCUGAACAAACAUAUUGACACCAGUCGGCACUGCAACUUGAGCGGCGAUGACAAGUGUUCUACCACCUACUGUUGCAUGGUUAAACACGACGAUGAUGAUGAUAUUGAUGACGACAUGAUGAUGUGCUCUCCCGAUAACAACCAGGGCAAAUGCGAGAGUCUUGGUAAGAAAAUUGACAAGCACGUGACUUGCUACAGAUAUGGGGAUGGAAAGUGUGCCAGUUCUCACUGCUGCAAGGCCCACCAUGAUGAUGGUGAUGAUAGUGAUCACGAUGAUGAUGAUAAAGAAGACAAGAUGGAGUGUUCCCACGAUACCAACCAAGGCAAGUGUAAGAGCCUGGGCAAGGAUGUAGACCAGCACGAGACCUGCUACAGAUACGGUGACAAGAAGUGUGCCAGCUUUCACUGUUGCAAGGAUAAGAAGUAGACGAUGAUGACAAGGUCGGUGACACAUUUAUAGCGGUCACGAGUUAGAAUGCUCAAUCAGCACUAACUAAGGAAAAUACUAGAUUAUGCU